AUGGAAACUCUUCACAGACAACUACACUUCCCUUCGUUUUCGGACGUGAAACAGCCGGCGUUCAACAUCACAUCCUACACCACAACUUCUCUGCCCUCGGCCACCGCCAGCUCGACUUUUUCUGACUCGCAGGACGAUCUUUUGCCUGACUUGUGGCUUGAAGAACCUAAAAAGUAUGCUUCGGGUUUCCCAACGGACUUUGGUGCUCCGAAAAUGCCUGAUGCUAACAACUACAACACCACAGCGAUGCUUCGCGAGGCGUCUUUGGAGUACGCCCAGCUGCUUUUGCCUCACAGCUUGCUCGCCCCAUUGACCGAAGAAAACUUGGACUACAACGACUCACUUUCAGGCGAGCAAUUUUUCCGCGCCGGCGCGCACGCCCAGAAAAAGUGCUCCCACGAGCCGCACGCAGAACAUGCGCGCCCCAACAACACACACAAUGCGCCCAAGGCUCGCCGCGGCCUGCUGUCCUCUACAUCUUCCAAGGGCAAGAACAUCAACACACAAUUGUACAAGACAGAGCUUUGUGUAUCGUAUAUGAAGAUGGGUGGCUGUCCGUAUGGCGCCAAGUGCCAGUUUGCGCACGGCGAACAUGACUUGAAGUCGGUGCCUCGUCCAGCCAAUUAUCGCUCGAAACCAUGUUCCAACUGGGCCAAAUAUGGCUCUUGCCGCUACGGCAAAAGAUGCUGCUUCAAGCACGGCGACUAG